GACGGGCCAUUUAUCGUUAUGUUCAGAUCCCUUCUAUUCUUGCUAACCUUUGGCUUGACGCAUACCCGAAGAUGGUCGUGGAAACUCUUCCGCUCGUUAACGGCGUCGUUGCGAACGGAGGUCUAAGCUUAAACCCUAACCCUGACCCGGCCUCCGCCAAGAAAUCGCGUGAGAGCGAACGGCGUCGCCGCCGGCGGAAGCAGAAAAAGAACAGCAAGGCCUCCCAGGCGGCGUACCCCUCGGCCUUCGACGACGGCGACGCUGCCGAUAAGAAUGCCAAGGAGAAUAACGAUCCUCAACAGCUUGUGGAGCAAGUUGAAGUGGAGUAUGUCCCAGAGCAGGCAGAGCUUGAUGAUGGCCUGGAUGAAGAAUUCAGAAAAGUUUUUGAGAAAUUCAAUUUUCGUGAAACUGCCAGUACUCAGGAGAAUGAUAACAAGGACGAGUCUGUACCAAAUGCAGCAGUGACCAAGAAGGCUGACUCAGAUUCAGAAGAGGAAGAACAAGAUAACCAACAAAAAGAGAAAGGUGUAUCCAAUAAGAAAAAAAAGCUUCAAAGGCGGAUGAAGAUUGCUGAACUGAAGCAAAUUUGCUCAAGGCCUGAUGUUGUUGAGGUGUGGGACGCAACCUCUGCAGACCCAAAGUUGCUGGUUUAUUUGAAAUCGUACCGAAAUACCGUUCCAGUCCCUAGGCAUUGGAGCCAGAAAAGGAAAUUUUUGCAGGGAAAACGUGGUAUCGAGAAACAACCUUUCCAGCUUCCUGAUUUUAUUGCUGCAACUGGAAUUGAGAAAAUCCGACAGGCUUACAUUGAAAAAGAGGACAGUAAAAAGUUGAAGCAGAAGCAACGAGAGCGGAUGCAGCCAAAGAUGGGAAAGAUGGAUAUUGACUAUCAGGUUCUUCAUGAUGCAUUCUUUAAAUACCAAACUAAGCCAAAGCUUACAAGUCUUGGAGAUCUGUAUCAUGAAGGGAAAGAGUUCGAGGUGAAAUUAAGGGAAAUGAAGCCAGGCAUGCUGUCACAAGAACUAAAAGAAGCUCUCGGUAUGCCAGAGGGUGCUCCUCCCCCAUGGCUCAUUAAUAUGCAGAGAUAUGGUCCGCCACCAUCAUACCCACAUCUGAAAAUUCCUGGUUUGAAUGCUCCUAUCCCUCCUGGGGCUAGCUUUGGUUACCAUCCUGGUGGCUGGGGCAAGCCUCCUGUUGAUGAGUUUGGACGUCCUUUGUACGGAGAUGUAUUUGGUGUUCAUCAACAAGAGCAGCCUAACUAUGAGGAAGAGCCAGUUGAUAAGACCAAACACUGGGGGGAUUUGGAGGAGGAGGAGGAGGAAGAAGAAGAGGAGGAGGAAGAGGAAGAAGAGAUUGAAGAAGAGGAAUUAGAGGCUGGCAUUCAGUCUGUAGAUAGCCUCUCAAGCACUCCUACUGGUGUUGAGACACCGGAUGUUAUUGACCUUCGAAAGCAGCAGAGAAAGGAACCUGAAAGGCCUCUUUACCAAGUACUGGAAGAAAAAGAAGAGAAAAUUGCUCCUGGGACCUUGCUUGGAACAACGCACACAUACGUUGUUAACACUGGCACCCAAGACAAGGCAGCUGCCAAAAGGGUUGAUCUGCUUAGAGGUCAGAAAUCAGAUAAAGUUGAUGUCACUCUAUUGCCAGAAGAGUUGGAAGCCAUGGAGAAUGUGUUGCCAGCUAAGUAUGAGGAAGCAAGGGAGGAAGAGAAGCUGCGGAGUCAGCGGGAAGAUUUCAGUGACAUGGUUGCAGAGAAUGAGAAGAAAAGGAAGCGGAAGAUGCAAGAAAAGGACGGGAAGUCAAAGAAGAAGGAUUUCAAGUUCUAGAGCGCAUGUCCGAGUGGUGUUCCUUGAGGAGGGUAGCCAGGGCAAUCAUGAGGCUAGCAGCAUUUUCCAUGGAGGGUAUAGAAUGUUUGUUGCCAAUUUGUAUUUGUAACAGACUAAUAGUCUGACACGUUAUUUGUAAUUCUCUAGUUCGGUCUACCAAUAUCGUAUGGUGGAUUUAGAAUGGUCCUGAUCCCAAAUUUUUCUUUUUCUUUUAUAUUAUUUGCAGUUCCUGGUUGUACUCGGUGCAUCGAGACACAACUGAAGACAUCCUGGCAGAAUACAAUGGCAACUUCGGAAUGAUGGUUUAUUUCUUUUUUAAA